GCCCGCGCCGCCGCCGACGCGGCGCGCCUCGGGGCGGAAGUGAGGUCGGCGGCUCCCGGCGGUGGCUGCGCAGCGUCGGCGGGGUCGAGCGCGGGCUGCGGAGAGGCGGGCCGGGCCGGGCCGGGGCCGAGCGCGCGGGAGGCGGCGGAGACGCGGGGCCGGCGGGCGGCUCGGCGGCGCUCGUCCUGUCCGCUGUGUCCAGCCGCUGCUGUGCUGCCGGCCGCGGGGCCGGUGCGCGCGGGCUCCCUGAGGUCCAGGCCGUCGCGGUGGGCGCGGGCGGCGCGUACUUGAAAUCAUGAAUCCUGUUUAUAGCCCUGGAUCUUCUGGGGUUCCCUAUGCAAAUGCCAAAGGAAUUGGUUAUCCAGCUGGUUUCCCCAUGGGCUAUGCAGCAGCUGCUCCUGCCUACUCUCCCAACAUGUACCCUGGAGCGAAUCCUGCCUUCCAGACAGGUUACACUCCCGGCACACCUUACAAAGUGUCCUGUUCCCCUACCAGUGGGGCUGUGCCACCAUAUUCUUCCUCCCCCAACCCCUACCAGACGGCUGUGUAUCCCGUGCGAAGUGCCUACCCCCAGCAGAGCCCAUAUGCACAGUUUUCUGUAUUCUUCCCGCAGCAAGGCACCUACUACACGCAGCCGCUGUAUGCAGCACCCCCUCACGUCAUCCACCACACCACGGUGGUGCAGCCCAAUGGCAUGCCAGCCACGGUGUACCCUGCUCCCAUCCCUCCUCCUAGAGGCAACGGGGUCACCAUGGGCAUGGUGGCUGGGACCACGAUGGCAAUGUCAGCAGGUACCUUGCUGACUGCUCAUUCCCCAACUCCCGUCGCUCCCCAUCCAGUCACUGUACCCACGUACCGGGCCCCAGGAACACCCACCUACAGCUACGUGCCCCCUCAGUGGUGAUCACCCUGCAAAUGUUUGAGGAACGAGCUGUGCAGUCACAUCACUGGGGUUCCACAGCUGGUGCUGCAGGCCUGGAGCCUCCAACCAGGACUUUGUUCUCUCUGCUCUCGACACUUAGCUAAACUCGACUAGAUCCCGGCCCAGCAGGUCCCAGUGCCGUUAGUCUCCAACUAACUCUGUGGGUUGGUCUCAAAGAAAAUCCUGUUUUGUGGACUGCCUGGCAAUUUUUUAGCUAACUGUAAUGAUAAAAAGGGAGUAUUAAUCUAUUCUGAAUCAUAUCUAGUUGAAUGCAUGUUUAAACAAACACAAAAACAAAGCUUGCUCAAUCUACCUGCAGUGACUGAUGCAAAACCAUCAUAUGCAAAAUCCAAAGGAAUGGAAACGUAUUUUACAACUUGUAUCACUAAUGCACUGUUGUAAUGUAUGCAGAGUCUUCAAGUUUUAAGUGUUAAAGUGAAUUUCUUCAUAGAGCAUCUGAAAUCCCUUAGAUGAUUCUUCAACCCUCUGGGGUUGAUGUGGGCUGCCAGUUAGGGGCAUGGACUUUUAAUUUUCAGCAACUGUUUCUUUGGCACUGACUGCACUGGUGGGAGCGGGUUACAGGGACAAGGAAAGGGAAGGGAGGCUGCAGUUGAUGGGAUGCAGCCAGUUAGCGUCUCUUCCCUUCCGAUGGGCUUGGUGCGGUCACUGGGACAGGGACAUCCGUAAGAUCAGCCCAAGAGAGUAGAGCGACAUGACGGGACAGUUAGGGGCGAGGGGGUGGUUUAUGUAUCAGCAAAAACAGUUUCCCUGCUAUCUAAAUUUUCCUUACAGAAGAAUGAGAAGGAUGGUGAUGUAUGCAUCUUACUUGGAAAGUCCUGUGUAGAAUUGAUUUAUUUUCCCGGGGUGGUUGAUAGGUGGAAAACAGCCAAGCUUGGAGGAGGUAUUGUCCUCUGCUUUAGUUAGCAUAGAAAAUCAUUUCAUAUUUUUUCCCCCCUGAGAAGCAUUUGACUCAGCUGAAAAUGUAGGCAUUUCUGUGCCCCCCAACCCCCACCCCUGCCAAAGAAGGGCAAAGAUUUCAUCUGCCUGUAAUGAUGAAAGUUGUAUAUUCAAGAAUGAUUAAAAGGGAACAAAACUUUA